AUGGAGCUGGUGAAGGGUCUGGAGUGCACGUCCUAUGAGGAACGUCUAGGGGUGUUUAGUGUGGAGAGAAGGAGGCUUGGGGGAGACCUCAUCACUCUCUACAACUACCUGAAAAAAGGGUGUAGCCGGGUGGGGGUCAAGAAACCACCUUUACAGCACGUUUUUUUCACUAACCUUCUUAGGAUAAAUUGUUUUUCAGCCUCUGUGGUGCAAUGUCAGCAGAAUUUGGGAAGGAGAGGAGUUCUGACAAGAAGGAAGAAACAGAAGCUUGCCAAAGAGAGAGCAGGGCUUUCCAAGUUGCCUGAUCUGAAAGAUGCUGAUGCGGUUCAGAAGUUUUUCCUUGAGGAGAUUCAACUUGGCGAGGAACUGCUAGCUCAAGGUGAAUAUGAAAAAGGUGUUGAUCACUUGACCAAUGCCAUUGCUGUGUGUGGACAGCCCCAGCAGCUACUACAAGUUCUACAGCAGACUCUUCCACCACCAGUGUUUCAAAUGCUUCUAACUAAGCUCCCUACAAUAAGCCAGAGAAUUGUAAGUGCACAGUGCUUGGCUGAAGAUGAUGUUGAAUGAGGUCACACCACAACGGGGGGAAAAAAAGUUUUCUUACCCCAGAAGAUGAGCAUCAGUAGGGGGAUAAAGGGGCAAACAUAGUAGUUAAUGGACUGUGUACCACAUCGGGUUCUACCAGAGUUAAAAUUAACUUUGUGUAGGUGGGUUUCGCAGGAUUUUAUUUAUUAUCCCAGUGAAAAGUGUAUUUUGAUAAGAAUUCAUUUUAUAAAUACACUGUGUUGAGUUAUCAAAGUAUCACUUCAUUAUUAUUAAAAUACGCAGUUGUAAUGUUGUACAUAUAAGACAUAAAACUACGACCUAUUGAAAACCCAAUGCUCAUUUUUGAAAAAAACAAAGUUAUGGCAAUAAAGAUUUAUCUGCA